AGAGGAGGUACGACUGCUACAGUAACAGUUAGCAAUCACGCUAGGUGGUUAUUGCACUGUGCCCCCCCUGACAAAGCCAGAGCCAGCAUGGAACGAAUUGAUUAGGCAGUCGACAACGCCAAAACUCUACUGUCUUUAGGAGUUGAACUUGGAACCUUAGAACCUUGAACGCUCGAAACGGUUAUCUGUCUAUUUCACACUAAAGCAGCAUACAACGAACCCAUCGAACCCAACGAACCCGAGCGAAUUCAUCUAUAUCCGAGCUUUAAAUCCAACCAUUUCGCGUUCGCAUUCCCAAUUUUCCACCAUGGAUAAUUUUAAGGCAUUCGGCAGUAGUUUGAGCAACAUUGGCUCGCAGAUUACACCUUUUGCUUCACGUACUUUCCAGUACACCAAGGAGCAACUUGGCCAAGCCGAGGACAAGACCCAGCUUCCACCUGAUUAUAUCGACCUCGAGAAACGUGUCGAUGCUCUCAAACAAGUCCAUCAGAAGAUGCUUGCAGUGACUUCACAAUACUCUCACGAAGCCUACGAUUACCCUGCCAACAUCAAGGAGAGCUUUUCGGACCUCGGCCGCACCGUCAGCGAGAAGGUUCAGCUUCUCUCCUCCGCCACCACCCCCGCAGAAGCCCAAGCUGCCUUGACCGCACCCCCCACCGCGAAGCCGCAGCCCAAGACCUUCUCCCAUGCUAUCGCACGUGCUAGCUUAACAAGCUCUCAGCUUUUGCAUCAGCAGCACACCGGCGCCGGCGAGGAUCCACUUGCGACUGCGCUCGAGAAGUAUGCGUUGGCUAGCGAACGGCUAGGCGAGGCUCGCCUUGCGCAGGAUGCUCAGAUCCAGAGCCACUACCUAGCUGGGUGGAAUACUACGUUGAACACCAACUUGAUGUUCGCGACCCGCGCGCGCAAGAACGUCGAGAAGGCGCGUCUGACGCUGGACUCUGUCAAAGCUCGCGCCAAGGGAACCACUUGGAAGAUCGGUCCCACGUCUCCCCGCGAAGAUCACCCCACCGAUGAGCUGAGCGCCGAGGCACAGGAGGAGAUCGAGAAGGCCGAGGACGAAUUCGUCACUCAGACUGAAGAGGCCGUGAGUGUCAUGAAGAAUGUUCUCGAUACCCCCGAACCUCUUCGCAACCUCGCAGAGCUUGUUGCUGCCCAGCUCGAGUACCACAAGAAGUCUGCCGAGAUUCUUAGCGAGCUUGCUCCCAUCAUCGAAGGCCUUCAGGUUGAGCAGGAGGCCAACUACCGCAAGAGCCGCGAGAGCGCUUCGUAGAUGAUUAUUGCGCACGAUACCCUUAAAUGCGACGAAGUGCCCUUUUCGUAAUGUUUUACGACAGGACGGGACUACAGAGAAUCGUUAGGACCUGCAGGGACAGUAGCAGAUUUGUCAGGAUCCCCUUCUCUUUUCUUUUUCCUGCCACCUGAUCUGGCAUGCUGCGUGUUGGAACGAGUGUGAUAUAGACGGGAAGUACGUCCUUGAAGGACUUCCCUAGUGGAUUUUGUUACUUUCAAUGCUUCAUUUUCCACCUCCGCCUGGAGAUCGAUUGGUUGGCGCUAUUUUAGAACUCUGACUUUAUGCGUGUGCGUGAAUGUAGUAGUGAUACGGUGAGAAGGAAUAUAUCUUGUUACAUGGAUAUUUAUAGACUAUUUUUAAGCUUGUAGAUUCUAUGCUAUCUCUGCUAUCUUGGUAGGGUAAAGAGCC